GACAUGGCCAAACGUACCAAGAAAGUCGGGAUCGUCAGUAAAUACGGGACGCGCUAUGGGGCCUGCCUCCGGAAAAUGGUGAAGAAAAUUGAAAUCAGCCAGCACGCCAAGUACACUUGCUCUUUCUGUGGCAAAACCAAGAUGAAAAGACGAGCUGUGGGGAUCUGGCACUGUGGUUCCUGCAUGAAGACAGUGGCCGGCGGUGCCUGGACAUACAAUACCACUUCCGCUGUCACGGUAAAGUCCGCCAUCAGAAGACUGAAGGAGUUGAAAGACCAGUAGACUCUUCUACUCUUUGAGACAUCACUGGCCUAUAAUAAAUGGGUUAAUUUAUGUGACAAAAAAAAAAAAAAA